AUGCUAUACAUAAUCGGUUUGGGAUUGUCAACUAUCGAGGAUAUUACCAUAUCUGGUCUAAAUGCUAUUCAAGAGUGUGAUUACGUCUUUAUUGACGCAUAUACAUCUAUUCUAACUCAUGGAAUUGAGAGAAUAUCUGCAUUUUGUGGCAAAGAUGUUAAAAGAGCUGAUCGGGAGUUUACAGAGCAGGGUUCCUUGAUAACCUCCCUCGCAAAGAGUGAGAAUGUCGCUUUUCUGGUGGUAGGGGAUCCACUUUGUGCCACUACACACACAGAUCUUAUCAUUCGGGCAAUUAAAGAGAGAACACCAUACAAAAUCAUUCACAACUCGUCGAUAAUGACAGCCGUUGCCUGCUGUGGAUUACAACUCUAUCGAAUGGGUGAAACAGUCUCAAUUCCUCUCUGGACUGAGUGUUGUUGUCCCGAAAGUUUUUAUGCAAAAAUAAUAUUCAAUUAUUCUCGAGGUCUUCACACAUUGUGCCUUUUAGAUAUUAAAGUUCGAGAAAAAUCGUUGGAAAAUCUACUUCACGAUCGUGAUAUCUACGAGCCUCCUCGUUUCAUGCUCUGUCCUGAAGCUGCCUGUCAAAUUCUUGAAGCUGGUCGCCGCAUUCGUCAGAGGUUUAUGGCUGCUUCCAUGGAUCCAGGGGCCGAGGUUUCCUACGAACCGAAACCGGAGAGGUACCUUCAUCCUGACUGUCUUGUUGUCUGCCUAGCCAGAGUGGGAUCUCCUACCCAGGCUAUCCUGGCUACAACGAUGGGGAUUCUAGCAGCGGCUGCAUCGUCUGGAGAUUCAGAUAUUCUUUCCCACAUCCUUGGGGGCCCUCUGCACAGCAUGAUCAUUCCUGGUAAAUUGCAUCCGAUGGAAAUUGAAUUCCUAUCCGCCAGACUUCUGAUAGGUGAUGGGAAAGUGGAUCUGGAGAACGUGCCCAAUGGGACUUCAUUGCCUGUUCUUUUGCCUCCAACUAUGGCCGGCUUUGAUUUUAGGGAACGUGUCAAAUCAAUGUUCGAUAGACAUCAGGAAUUACUGUCAACAAUAGCCUAG